UCAAACCGAGCAGUUUGCUUUAUGCAGGAGAGAAAGCGGCUCCACGCCGAGGGAAAAGCGCACCGAGAUUGUCGGGCCUGCGUGGCUGCGUGUCGGUGCUGAUCAUGCAUUAGUCUGGACGUUAAUAGCGAGCAAUAAUAAAGCAUGCAGGCCUCAGAGAGGAGAUGAUCUGCGGGACUGAGACGCUUCCAGACUCCGCCGUUUACCGUCCUGUAACCGAACUGCGCUGUUUUUUACACGGUGUCCCGUUCGGGAGGUGCAGGAGGCACUAAAUUGUUCUGCGAGGGGAAAAGGAGAACAAACGGGGGAAGUGGCCAUGGCUGCCGCGGCCGCCUCCUUCUUCUCCAACGGGCCGGGGCCGUGGACGCCGAGCGACUCUGAGAUGAACGGCGUGUACCGCGACCUGGAGCUCGGCACCGUGCUGACGCUCUUCUACUCCAAAAAGUCCCAGCGGCCCGAGAGGAGGACGUUCCAGGUCAAGCUGGAGACGCGGCAGAUCAUCUGGACCAGGGGGACGGACAAGAUCGAGGGCGAGAUCGAUAUUCGUGAGAUUAAGGAGAUCCGGCCGGGUCAGAAGUCGAGGGAUUUCGACCGGUAUGUGGAGGACUCGGCGGUCAGACCGGACCAGGCGCACUGCUUCGUCAUCCUGUACGGAACCGAGUUCCGCCUCAAGUCCCUGAGCCUGGCGGCCACCUCAGAUGAAGAGAUGGCGAUGUGGGUGAAGGGUCUGGGUUGGUUGGUGAGCGACACCCUGCGUUCUUCUACACCGCUACAGAUAGAGCGGUGGUUGAGGAAGCAGUUCUACGCCGUGGACCGGAGUAAAGAAGACAAAAUUUCCUGUAAGGAUCUGAAGAACAUGCUGAGUCAGGUCAACUACCGAGUUCCCAACAUGAAGUUCCUCCGAGAGAAACUACCGGAUGGCGAGUUGAGGAGUGGUGACGUUUCCUACAGUCAGUUUGCUCAGCUGUACCGCAGCCUCAUGUUCGACGCACAAAAAUCUAUGGAUAUUUCCUUCCUACAAAGGUUUACGGAGCGACCGGAGCAGAGAAUCACGCUGGAGGAUUUCCAGAACUUUCUAAUCGAGUUUCAGAAGGAACUCUGGGCUACGGACAGGAACAAGGUGCAGGAGUUCAUGUUCCAUUACCUGAAGGAUCCGCUGAGGGAGAUCGAGCAGCCGUACUUCUACCAGGACGAGUUCCUGACGUACCUGUUCUCUAAAGAGAACUCCAUCUGGGAUUCCACACUGGAUCAGGUUCAUCCUGAAGACAUGAACAACCCUCUCUCUCACUACUGGAUCUCCUCGUCCCAUAACACGUACCUGACGGGAGACCAGUUUUCCAGCGAGUCCUCUCUGGAGGCGUACGCUCGCUGCCUCAGGAUGGGCUGCAGAUGCAUUGAGCUGGACUGCUGGGACGGUCCUGAUAACCUGCCGGUGAUUUACCACGGUCACACACUCACCACCAAGAUCAAGUUCACCGACGUUCUCAACACCAUCAAGGAACACGGCUUCGUCACGUCCGACUUCCCCAUAAUCCUGUCGAUCGAGGAUCACUGCAGUAUCGUGCAGCAGAGGAACAUGGCCGCGCACUUCAAGAAGGUUUUUGGCGAAAUGCUGCUCACCAAGGCGGUGGACAUUUCGGCCGACGGUCUGCCCUCGCCCAAUCAGCUCAGGAGGAAGAUUCUCAUCAAGCACAAGAAGUUGGCCGAAGGAAGCGCGUACGAAGAGGUCUCCACCUCCACGCCGUACUCCGAAAACGACAUCAGCAACUCCAUCAAGAACGGCAUCCUGUUCCUGGAGGAUCCCAUCAACCACGAGUGGUACCCUCACUUUUUCGUCCUGACGAGCAGCAAGAUCUACUACUCUGAGGAAACCUCUAGUAACCAGGGCAACGAGGAUGAGGAGGAACACCGCGAGGUGGGGAACGGUAUGGAUCAGCACGUCACCGAGAAAUGGUUCCACGGGAAGCUCGGCGCCGGACGCGACGGCCGCCAGAUCGCCGAGCGUCUGCUCUCGGAGUACUGCCUGGAGACCGGCGCGCCGGACGGCUCGUUCCUGGUGCGGGAGAGCGAGACCUUUGUAGGAGACUACACCCUGUCGUUCUGGCGUUCGGGUCGGGUGCAGCACUGCAGGAUUCACUCCCGCCAGGAGGCCGGCAGCCCCAAAUUCUACCUGACUGACAACCUGGUGUUCGACACUCUCUUCGCCCUCAUCACGCACUACCAGCAGGUGGCGCUGCGCUGCAACGAGUUCGAGAUGAAGCUGACUGAGCCUGUACCGCAGACCAACGCCCACGAGAGCAAAGAGUGGUACCAUGCCAACUUGACCCGCAGCCAGGCUGAGAACAUGCUGAUGAGGGUGCCACGUGACGGAGCCUUCCUCGUGAGGAAGAGGACGGAGAUCAAUUCCUAUGCCAUCUCCUUCCGGGCGGAGGGGAAGAUCAAACACUGCCGGGUGCAGCAGGAGGGCCAGACGGUGGUUUUGGGGACCUCGGAGUUCGACAGCCUGGUGGAUCUGAUCAGCUACUACGAGAAACACCCGCUGUACCGCAAGAUGAAGCUGCGCUACCCCAUCAACGAGGAAACACUGGAGAAGAUCGGAACCGCUGAACCCGAUUAUGGAUCUCUGUACGAGGGGCGGAACCCAGGCUUCUACGUGGAGGCCAAUCAGAUGCCCACGUUCAAGUGCACGGUGAAAGCGAUGUAUGAAUACAAGGCGCAGCGGGAUGACGAGCUCUCCUUCAGUAAGAACGCCAUCAUUCAGAACGUGGAUAAACAGGAAGGAGGCUGGUGGAAGGGAGAUUUUGGAGGAAAGAGGCAGUUCUGGUUUCCUGCCAACUAUGUAGAGGAGAUCAGUCCAUCAGCUGUAGAACCGGACCGAGGCGCGACGGAGAACAGUCCCCUGGGAGACCUCCUGAGAGGAAGUAUGGAUGUGUCUUCCUGUCAGAUUGCGGUGAAACCCGAGGGGAAGGGCAGCAGACCUUACGUCUUCUCUCUGGUCCAGUUGGCGUCUCUGCGCACAGGUCCCGUGCUGGACAUCGCUGCUAGUUCUCAGGAGGAGCUGAAGGACUGGGUGCAGAAGAUCCGUGAGGUGGCCAUGACCUCGGAGGCAAAGAUGGAGGAAGGGAAGAUGAUGGAGAGGAGGAAGAAGAUCGCGCUGGAACUGUCGGACCUGGUUGUGUACUGCCGUCCCGUUCCCUUCGACGAAGACAAGAUCGGGACGGAGCGAGCCUGUUUCAGGGACAUGUCCUCGUUCCCCGAGACCAAAGCGGAGAAAUACGUCAACCGGAUCAAAGGGAAGAAGUUCCUGCAGUACAACCGACUCCAGCUCUCCCGGAUCUACCCUCGCGGCCAGCGCCUGGACUCCUCCAACUACGACCCCUUACCCAUGUGGCUUUGCGGCAGCCAGCUCGUCGCGCUCAACUUUCAGACUGCAGACAAGCCCAUGCAGAUGAACCAGUCCCUGUUCAUGCUGAACGGGAGGAGCGGAUACGUCCUGCAGCCGCCCAUCAUGAGGGACGAUAGCUUCGACCCCUUCGACAGGCACACGCUGAGAGGAGUGGAGCCUGUUACGGUCGUAAUCGAGGUGCUGGGUGCCCGUCACUUACCCAAACACGGCCGGGGUAUCGUGUGCCCGCUGAUCGAGAUCGAGGUGUGUGGGGCGGAGUACGACUGCUCCAAACAGAAGACCGACUUCGAGGCGGAUAACGGUCUGAACCCCAUCUGGCCGAGGAAGCCGUUCCGUUUUACGGUGUGCAACCCCGCGUUCGCCUACCUGCGCUUCGUCGUCUACGAGAUCGACAUGUUCAACGAUCAGAACUUCCUCGCUCAGGCCACCUUCCCCGUCAACUGCCUCAAAACAGGUUACAGAGCCGUCCCGCUAAAAAACAGCUACAGUGAAGAUCUGGAACUGGCGUCACUGCUCAUCCACCUCGACAUCGUCAGAGGCAGACACGAGAACGGCGAGCUCCUCAGCCCGCUCCUGGGGGCGAUGAGCGUGAUGACGGCGGGCAGGGAACGUCCGGGGGACAGCGUCUCCUCCGUGUCCUCCAUGUCCCCUCUGCCCUCGUCUCCGGCUCAGGCUCAGGCUCUGGGCUACCGAGGGCGCGAGGGCUCCUUCGACUCCCGGUACCAGUCGGCGCUGGAGGACUUCAGGGUGUCGCAGGAGACUCUGCUCGACCACAUGGACCCACAGAACCAGAGGAUGAUGAGACGAGCCCGGGUCGGCGGAGACAACCGAGUGUGAGCGGCGCGGGACGGCUGGAGGACCCGACGUCGUGGACUGCUGUAGUUUCCAUGGAAACGUUGUCGCCAGCGCUUUUUCGGCCUACAUUUCAGGCACAGCUCCCACCCUUCCUCUCUCUCUCUCUCUCUCUCUCUCUCUCCCUCUCUCUCUCUCUCCCUCUCUCUCUCUGGGACAGUACGCCGCGAGGUGAGGGGGCGGGAGGAGAGCGUUCGGUCACUCGGCGAGGCGCGAGAGAGGACGCGCAGCAGCAUCGACCGGGAAUAUCGCGUAGUUUUUCCUAUUCCUUCAGUCUCUCUCUCUCUCUCUCUCUCUCUCUCUCUCUCUCUCUGGCGUAUAUAAAUAUAUAGGUAUAUAUAUAUAUAAAUGUAUUUAUUCCGGCUCCGCUGUGCACCAGAGAACAGCCGCAGCUGAUCCGCUCUCAAAGAGCUUCUCUCUCAUCUCAUGUUUCCCCCCUCGGCUCUAAUUUAAACCGUUUUUAACUCGCUUACUUUUAUUUUUUAUUAGCUUAGCGUCGUUUUUGUGUCUAACACAAGGGCUUUUUUUACUUUCUCUUUCUAUAGCAACGUUUACGUUCUGCUCUCUCGCUCGGCGUCCACUUUCUCCCCGACACACUCGUGUGUGUGUGUGUGUGUGUGUGUGUGUGUGUUUUAUUUUCUUAUUGUUUGGAGGAAACCCAAUCAGCCAUAAUAACAGAGAGAGCAAACGAGCGAGCGUUUGAGCUCAGGAAGCAGCCCUGACCCUGUUACCCCGUUUACCCCGUUUACCCUGUUUACCCUGUUACGGUCAGAUUCGGUCCGGUGGAAUCGGGACCACACGACGGACCGAGGUGUUUUAAAACGGCCUCUCUUACCACAGAUCUGUUGAGUGUCCAUACGAGGUGGACAUUUCUGUCUUUGUUUGUCUUUUGUUUGCAUUUAAGGAUGCACCGGU